AAAUGUUUCAACUGGCGCUGUUCCAGCCGCGAAUUCCACCCAACUGUGGCAACAUCAUGCGCUUAGCAGCGAACAAUGGGUGCAUUCUACACCUCAUUGAGCCGUUUGGCUUCAACCUGGACGAGAAGAGCGUGCGGCGAGCAGGACUAGACUACCGUGAUAUGGCAGUAGUCCGUCGCCAUGCCAACUUCGAAGCGUUCCGCGAAGCCGUGUCGGGUAGUCGCAUUCUCGCGUGCACAACCAAAGGCAGCCGACCAUACACACAAGUCCAGUACCUUCCAGGCGACGUGCUUCUGUUCGGAUCGGAAACCAGUGGACUUCCCGAUGAAGUCCGCAACAACAUCUCGGAAGACCUUCGCAUUCGGAUUCCCAUGUUGCCGGAUUCGAGAAGCCUCAAUUUGGCCAAUUCCGUUUCCAUCAUCAGCUACGAAGCUUGGCGUCAAAACGACUUCAAAGGUGGUGUCUAGUAGUAUCGAGGCAAGUCGAGUUUCACCUAAUAUUGUACCAUAUGCGUAAAACGAUGAGAG